CCCCCCCCCCCCUCACCCGCUCCUUCUCCUCACAGUCUACAGGCUCGCCAAGCGGAGAAAUAAACAGAGGCGAGCGCCGAACAGAGGAGACAUUCCUCCCUCCCCUCCCCCUCACUAUCUGCCCAUCUUCAUCCAGUCCCUUCCUCCAUGGAGAGGAACUAUCCCGCUGCAGGCUUCGGGGAUCUGGGGGCCGGGGCGGGAUGGACUUACGACCGAUCGGCCAAAGCGAGCCUCGUCUAUGGGAGCUCAAGGUCGUCCCACCCAGACUCAGAGCUGCUCCAUCGGCAAGCCUAUGGCAGUCCUCACACCCUCCAAGGCUAUUCAACCAACCACCACCCAGGGAGCUCCAGGCAGGGGGGGGGCUGGGGUGCUGCUGGACGCACAAUUGGCCUGUCGGGGCUAUUUGAUGCCAGCCUCCACCAUGCCAAUCACUCUGGUCCGGACCCCUCGGUCAUGAAUCUAAUAUCAGCUCUGGAGUCCCGGGGUCCACAGCCGCCACCCUCUGCUUCCUCCCUUCUCUCUCAGUUUCGCACUCCUUCUUGGCAGACUACAAUGCACACACCAGCCCCAGCGGAGCUCUUUAUGUCAGGUGCACUUCCUGGUGCCAGCUCCUUUCCCUCGUCCUCAACUCUUUCUGCAUACCAGCAUCCUGGCUCCUUCUCUGGACGAUCCUUUACUCCCUCCCUAUCCCUUCAGGACGCACCUACAUUUAGCCCGACACCCAACGCUUUGCUAUCCCCCCAUGAUCCCUUGCUGCACAUCAAAACACCCUCCCAGGCCAAUUUGGGCUUUGAUCGCUUGCUGUCAUCCCACAGUGCCACCUACCGGGGCUCCCAGGAGACGCCGAUCUCUCCCCAAACCCAAGCCCUUCCCACCUCCUCCAGUUGCCACCUACCCCCUCCUCAAUUCAACCUGUUGUCCUCCCAGCUCCACAACCAGUCCUCCCAGCUCUAUAAUGCCUCCAUGUUCUCUUCUACACCAGCGUUGCUGCCCACGGCUCCCCUUACACCACAGCCUUCUUCAGAGAGGGCAGUUUCACGGCAGGAUAGUGUGAUCAAGCAUUACCAACGCUCGUCCCCAACCCAGUCCACAACACUCCCCCCACAGCAAUAUGUCAGCUGUGGUGGCUCAUCAAGCUAUCAGCAGAUAGCCAGCCACCACCGGCAUGCUGGAGUGUCUUGCAGUCCACUUGGGGAGCAAAGCCCAUCCUCUGACCCCAAGCCCCCAACAAGGCUGGAAUCCAAGAUAUAUCGACCUAUCAUCCAAAGCCCCUAUGCAUCCUCCGCAUCCAGCACGUCAGCCCCUUCCUCGACUGGCACCAAGGGACCCAAGAAUCCCAGCUCCAAUAGUGGCUACUCUUCUUCGGGCUCAGCUUCAUCCUCUUCUCUUACCCAACAUACUCCCCCAUCAGCUUCCUCCACUUCCUCUUCAAGCUCCAAGACAAGCACUGGCUCCUUGUCUGCUCCCUCUUGUCAGCAGCCUACAUCUCAGUCAGCACCAGCUCCACCACCUUUACCAGUGGUGUCAUCCAACCUCGUUCAGCAGCCAGCACCCAAACAAUGCGUCUCCACCUAUGCCUCUCCGCCAGUGGCCAAAUCCAGUACAGGCCUACCAGACCAGACCCCUACCCAGCAACAUGCCCAGUCCUACUCUCCCAACCAGCCUCCAUCUGCACACAUAACCCAGUCUUAUGGAGGCUUUAGCUCACCCCACGCACAGGACCUGAGCUCUGGAGCAGGGGAUUCUGGCGGCAAGGCCUUCACCGGUACAAGAGGACGCUCCUUUUCUGCAGAGGUCGUCUUUGGAGAUUCCAGCUUUGGUUCAACUCCUCUCAGAAGAGCAGGUAGUCCUUCCUUAGGGUAUGGGAGUGCUGGAGGAUCAACAGUAGGGGGACCCGUAUCAGGAGCUACUUCACUUGGCAGUGGCGUUGGAUCUACAGGGUCAGGGAGCGGGGCAGCUAGCGUUGGUAAUGGAGGCAACAGCUCUUACCACCUGUCUGAGUCUUGCCCCUCACCCUCCAUCAAUUCUACUAUCAGUCGCUCUGGAUUGCACUCUCCUGCGUCUGUCCGCCCCGCUCAGUCCCCUGGAGGCUCAGGGGCCACCAAAUACUUGUCCUCCAUUCUCUCUCCUCCUUUUAUGUCCUCACCACAAGGUUUCCCUGAUACACGGCAAACACAGAGCCAAUCCUACCACACAACACCACCCAAGCCAAAAACGGACAACAGAAUGUUGGGAGUUCAGCAAUCCCAAAACAAUGAAGAGGAUGAGGACGAUUUCCUCAUCCACCAUUUACUACAUGCCCAGAGCUCAACUCCCCAUCCUUCCCAGCAUCACCCCUCUCCUCAGCAGCUACCACAGCCGCUCUCACAAGCUAGAGACGGGGAAGGCAAGGGGCUGACCUAUAACAUUAACAAGAUCUCAGAAGAGCGGUACCACCUUCAGAGUGUCAUUCGUACUAAUAACAUCACCAGCAGUUCAGGUGCUGGAACGGCAAUGGAUGACGUUGGCUUAAACAGUCAAAUGGACGCAUCACAGAAGAAAUCGCAACAGGCCAAAUCAGAGUUGACCGUAUCAAAGUCCAAUGACGGAGGUGUAGGAGGGAUGCCUGACUCUCUUUCUCACUCUCAUAACACCCACUCCCAUCAACAACAGCAUGACUCGCUGGGCUCUGAGGUCCAUUACGGAAGAGGGGACCCCUACAUACAGCAUUCCCAUCACACCUCACAUGUUUCAUCACACACUCAGCAACACUCUCAGCAUCCCCAAAACUCUCGGCAUACUCAACACACCCAGCACUCACAACAUCCUCAUUCCCACUCCCACAGUCACCCUCACAUGGAGCUGAAGAAGCUUACAGAUGGAAAUGACAAUACCUACUUGUGCAACACGUCGGAUGUACAGCAGGCCCGACCCCGGCAGGUCCCGCUUUCCCUGAUAGAUUCACCGCCAGACCCUCCCCAGCAAACUCACAUUCUGCAAUCUGUCCUUUCUCAUACGACUUGCACAAAGAUGGAUCCCCAGCAGGCUCCUUCACAGCAGCAUCCUUUGAGCCAGCAGACCAUGAUGGCUUCAUCUGGAAGAGUAGGGCCAGCAAUAGUUGAAACCCAUCCACAGAACCAGUCCUCACAGUUGCAACUCCAGCUCCAGACCCAGAGUUUAGAUACACACUAUAGCCUUGGAGCCCAGCCAGGAGACCAAUCCAGAGCCAUUCAGAACUCAGUUUCCCCACUAAACAUAAUAGAUCAAUCUCUUUCCCGAACGAACAGUAGAGGUGGCGGAGGAGCCCUGGACAGGAUGGGAGUUGGAGGGAAUGUCACAAGAGGGGAGGGAGGAAGUGGAGAUAGACAUAGACAGCAGCACAGGCAUCCCCCCCAACACCAUACCCAACAAACAGCCUCAGACCUCCAUGAUUUUCUCUCUGAGCCAGAUUUGGGUUUGGCCACCCCCUCACAUGUGCACCACCUCAACCAGGCUCAAGCCCAUGCCCACAACCAUGCCCACCAUCAAACCCAAGCACACUCUCACCAUCAGAUGACACACUCUCAGUUAGUUCACCCACAGUCCCACCGAAUGACAGCAAAUAUGGGAACUCCGCAACAACAGCAGCGUCAACAAAGGGAGUCGGAAACUCUGUCACACCCCCAGCUAGACCAGCUCAAACAGCACCCGUUCGACACAGUGAGCCCAGUGGAUAAAGUAGGACAUAAUCAAGUUCAGCAGCAACAGCAGCGCUUUGCGCCUCUGACGUCCAUCUGCUUUCCAGACUCUUUGUUACACGAUGAAGACCGCUCAUUCUUUCCUGAAAUGGAGGACAUGUUUUGUUCAGCGGAUUACAAAUCAAGCUGUGCUGAGGAUUCCCGGGCAGGACAGGAUGCUCAAGAAAGCAUUAGGCAGGGGCAAGAAGCUAUGGAGGCCUUAAAAACAGGAGGUGAUGGAGAGGGCUAUGAUAUGGUUGGCCAUCCGAGUGAUCAAAACUAUGGACAGUAUUGCCACAGCCUUCCAGGAACAGGGAAUGGCAGUCUACACUUAGACCUUGACUCUAUGAAGACCCACGAGCUUCCCUCUACGGUGAAUACUGAUCAGCUAGGCCUCAUCCAAUCCCAAACACCCAAUAUUGCGUUGAGUUCAGCAGUUCAAGGGGAUGGCUCAGUAAACAAGCUGAUGGGAACUAUAGGAGUGGCUGGCAGUUCAAAUACAACUGGUCUGUCCUCACCUAUAUUCUGUUCCUCUAGACCCAAGAAACUGUUGAAGACCAGCUCAUUUCACUUGCUCAAACAGCGGCGUGAGCCACAAACUCAAACAAAGAAAAACUAUGCGCAGGAGUAUGAAUUUGAGGAUGAUGAGAAUAAAGCAGAUGUUCCAGCUGAUAUUCGCCUCAACAGUCGACGCCUUCCUGACCUGCUUCCUGACUUGGUGUCUAGUUGUAGAAAGGUGGGUGGCACAUCAGGAGUAAGUGCGCUCAGCCCACUGACGAGUGACCUGGACUUCUGCAACCCCUCCAGCUUUGCAUCCUUUGGACAUCCUCCACAACUUCUCCCCCAUGAUGGCCCUAAAAAACGGGGUAGGAAACCAACUAAACCAAAACGUGAAGGCCCUCCUCGCCCACGAGGUAGACCACGCAUACGUCCUCUUCCAGAGCCUCCUUACUGCAGGGGGCUGAUGGGAUCCGUGACUGGAGAAAGUAGGAGGGGCCGGGGGCGGGGACGAGGGCGAGGCAAGAGGGAGGAAGUCCACGUUGAAAUGCAUCAAGAUAUGAAAGUUCAAAGCCUCCCAUAUCAGCAGCAGCAGUUCAGUCAACAACAGCAAAUGCAACAGCAUCCACACAACCAUCCCAGGCAGCAGGCAGAGCAUCACCAAGCACCACAACAACAGUAUCACCUGCACCUUCAGCAGCAGCAUAUCCCCUGCCCAAACCACCAACCGCAUCAUCAACAGCAGCAACAUCAAAGGCAUCAUCAUCAACAGCAACAACCACACAAGGAGCUGCAGCGAGAACCAAUCAGGCCUGUCAAGAUCAAACUACCCAUUCCCACCAUGUCUUCAUCGGAAUGCCUGUUGAGGACAGACUCACUGUCCAGCACUGAGCAAGUUCUGUCCGACGGAUCUGUGGGGUCGGCACCAUCUCUCGGACUGAGUCCUGAACCCAGUGUCGCCAUGGACAUCAGCAGAAACGAGGACAACCAGGUUCAAGACAAGAUAAUGAAGCAUCAGCAGAAAGCUGUAGAGAUGACGUGGAAGAAAGACAUUGACGAUCCUCUGAAUCCUGAAGCCUGGGCUGCUAUGCAGAAGCUCAGUUCCGCUGAUGAGAAGGCUUUUGACUUCAAACCUGGCUUCAUGGCCUCUUUUCUGGACUUCCUGAAGACAGGCAAAAAACAGUCAGGUUUUGAAAUGGGACAUGAUGGAGGCGAGCAGGAUUCACUAAACCCCUGUUCCUCUAUGAAGGGGGGGAUCAGGCCCUUGUCCCCUCCUCCGCCCCCUCUACCACCAACUCCUCCCCAGCGGCCUCCACAAACAUUCGGCGAGGGAGGCCAGGGCGACAGUGGAGACCUGGCUCUCAGCAGCUGCCCAAGUCCCUGCAAGCCACUGGACGAGGAGCUGAAGGGAAACCUGGAGACGCUGCCCUCCUUCUCCUCUGAUGAGGAGGACUCUGUUGGUAAAAACCAGGACCUGCAGGAGAGCAUCUCAUCCGCCAUCUCUGCCCUUUAUGACACCCCCCACUCGUUAGCUGCUGCCGUGGCUUCUGCCAUGGCCAAGGCUCUACCCAACCUGUCCCCGUCUAUCCCACACGAGCCGCCGCUCACCCCCCCGGUCCCCGCCAUGCCUUCCCUCAUCCCUAGUAUGGAGGAUGGAAAAGAGGUCCUGGCUUAUACACAGGAUCAUAUGCAGGACAAGGAAGAGGAGAACGUGGUCUCCCCACAGUUUAAUGUAGAAAAGGUGGAUGAAAUAGAGGCUGAGCAUGAAGCAGAAGAGGAAACGAGGGGAAGUGGGGAGACUGCAGACGAUGAAGAACAAAUGAGGAAGCCACAGACUGUGCAGCAGGGAGCCGGGGACGAGCUGGAGGAAGAGCAAGAGGAGAGGAUGCAGCUUUUGGAGGUCCCUCAAGUUGAAGAUUCUCCAUCAGAACCAAUGCCUGCUCCUGGCCCUCCAUCCCCAUCACCGUCUAUCACCCCCCUCACUCCACCAACAUACUCUUCGCCUUCACCCCUGCCUCUGCCAAGUCUCUCUGCACCCUUGCUACUCCCGACACAGCACGACACAGAGAAUACCAGUCAAACCUGCCCCCCCCCUGAGCAGCAGCACUCCUCCUACCAACCGGCUCCAACUGGCACCUCCCCUCCCCCAUCGACCUCCCCUCCAGCUAUCCCGCCCUCACCCAACCUUUCCCUGGGCCAGUCCAUUCCCCCUCCGUCCACCACACCUCCCCCAUCAUCCUCUGACCAGGACCAGGAACCAGACGCUGACCAGCCCUCCUCCUCCUCACCCACCUCUUCCUCACCCGCCUCAUCAUCCUCUCCGCCACCAUCACCUCCAACCCCAGAAGAGGCCCCAACAUCUCAGCGUCUUACCUCCCUCCACCUGGCAAAGAAGCAGGCUGACGCCGCCAUAGCUGGGGAGAGCGAAGAGGAGGACAGUGAGAGCGGAGGUGAGGGAAUCUUCCGCGAACGGGACGAGUUUGUGGUUCGUACUGAGGACAUCGGGACGCUUAAGAUGGCCUUGCAGACAGGCCGGGAGCCCCCACCCAUCUGGAGGGUGCAGAAAGCCUUGCUCCAGAAAUUCAGCCCAGAGAUCAAAGACGGUCAGAGGCAGUUCUGUGCAACCAGUAACUAUCUGGGUUACUUUGGUGAUGCCAAAAUGCGCUACCAGCGCUUGUAUGUGAAGUUCUUGGAGAACGUCAACAAAAAGGAUUUUGUCCGGGUGUGUUCUCGGAAGCCGUGGCACCGAGCCGGUCUCGCUCUGAGACGGCAGUCGCUGCCCAAACCGCUGCCCUCCACUCAGAACCAAACGCCACCCCGGCUGGAGAGAGACGACAAGGAGAGGCAGAAAGAGCGGGAGGCCAAGGAGCAGCGGGAGAGAGAAAAGGAUCAAAGGGAGAGGGAGCACAGGGAGAAGGUAAAAAAGGAACACAAGGAGAGAGAGAGGAGGGAGAAAGGGGAGAGAGAACAAAAAGAGAUGAAGGAGAAACGGGAAAGGGAGCGGAAAGAAAGAGAGAACGUGGAGAGGGAGAGAGAGGACAGGGAGCGCACAGGGGAGAGAGAAAGAAGGGAGAAGGAGCAGAAAGAAAAGGAGAAAAGAGACAAAGAGAGAAGGGAGAGGGAGCUUAAGGAGAGGGAGAGGAGGAAUAAGGAGCAGAGGGAGAACGAAAAACAGGACAGGGACAGGAAUGAAAGGGAGAGACAGGAGCAAACAGAAAAGGAGAGACAGAAAAAAGAGAGGGAGAAAGCAGACAAAGAGAGAGAAAAGAGGGAGUGUAGAGAAAAGGAAAAAGAGCAGAAAAAACGAGAACACAAGGAGAGGGAGCAGAGAGAGAAGGAGGGAGGAGAGAGGGAACAAGACAAAGAGAGACAACGGCUCGAUGAGGAAGAGAAAAGGGUGCCGGAGGAGCGAGAGCGGAGGGAGGAAAGCUGGAAAGAGGAGAGGAGAGGAGGAGAAAAGAUGGCCUGUCGGCCCAGAGCAAAGACUUCCAAAGACAAGGCUGAGCCUCCUCCCAAGAAGAGGAAGAAGUGGAUGAAGGAGGUGCCGUCGUCUUCCUCUUCGUCAGACUCCUCCCGACCCAGUGAUGAUGAAGGACCUGUGCGGGGGGGAGUCAACAGCCGGGCCAUGAGGGAGGUCUUCAGGAGCUACGUGGAGAUGCUGGUCAGCACAGCGCUGGACCCUGACAUGAUCCAGGCGCUGGAGGACACUGAUGAUGAGCUGUACCUGCCCCCCAUGAGGAAAAUUGAUAGCCUGCUGGGUGAACAGAAGAAGCGUCUGUUGAGGAGAGUCAACAUGAGUGUUCAGCACCAGGAGGCUUUACAUAUAUUCCCCAAAAUGAUGGCGGACCCCCUGGAUUGUGGAGCUGUCAAAGUUCACCUGGGCGGAGAGGGGUACAACCGCAAAACACUCAACCGGGUCAAGAGGAGUAUUCCUAAGCAACAGGAUCUAAGGCUGUCAAUUGAGAGUGGCCGGAUGUACAGUCUGUAUCAUUCCCUCCACCACUAUAAGUACCACACCUUCCUGCACUGCAAGAAGGAGACGGACAGCAUCGAGCAGGCGGCGGAGGACCCCGGGCAGGAGGAGGUGGUGCAGCAGUGCAUGGCUAACCAGGGCUGGCUGGAGAGCCUCUUUAACUCCUUCAUGGAGCUGCUCAGCCUCAGUGCCAAGGCCUGAAGGAGGCGCACACCACUCACACCUGCAGUAUGAAGAGGAUAAAGACAUCCGUACGGAUGCUUGUACUAUUGGAUUGCUUGUCUGAGAUUUAACUUUUAAAGUGUUUGUUUUCUUAUUAAGUCCGUUUAAAUGGCCUCUAUUUCAAGAAAAGUAUUGAACUAUGUGAAUGUGAUGGGUUUCCAGGAAAAGUGAAGAAAAAGGAUCAGCACUACACAAGGCUUCUUUGUUCAGACCUACAGGAUCCUGAGAGAGACACUAGAUGUCUACAGGUGAACUAUUAUGGUUUGUAUAGCUGACACAAGGACAUUUCCAAAAAUGGACCAUCCUGAGCCGGGAUGGUUUGCUGUUAUUAUUGUUGUUAGUUAAAAGGGACAGACGUGAAAUGGCCCGCCUGCAGUCCUUUUGUCCAUCAGACAGACAAAGAUAGUUGAGUGAGGUUAAGCAGGACUAUAUGAUAGUCUCUCUUUUCUAACUCUUCAGUUCAAAACAGAAAAACUAAGCUGUGUUCUUUGUUUGUUCUUCAGAAGACAAUGAAGAGGCCUGUAAGACGAUGAAUGAAACAAUUAAGCACGAAUUUCUUGAAGGAAGUGAGGUGAAAGGAUCCAAAAUCAUAAAUAUCAAUGUUUAAUGUCAGUCACUUUUAUCUGUUUGUUGUUGAUUGAUAUUUGCUAUUCUUUGACCUCUCAGAGGAUAUACGUGUAGAGCAAUUCUGUUGUUUUGAUGUGUAUAUAUUGUACAGCUACUUCAUUCUAUAGUUUCCAGUUGCUCUUCUUUACAUGGAAUUGCUGUAUUUGACAUAAUGAAAUAAAACUGUUCAGAUGACAAAGGGAAUGAUGAAUACAACAACUUGUGCUCGAGUGAUUUCACUGAAGUCUGUCGAUGCACGAGAAGUGGAUUCCAUUCAACAUGAGGUCGAAUCCCGUUUCCUGAUCCUUUUGUACUAUUACGGAACAGGGAAUCUCUGCCCUUUAACUUUUUUCUUUUAUCAAACUCUACGUCAUCAAUGUACACAAAGUGUCCGAAGGGUGUUUGUUGAUCUUUUGUAGAUAAAUAUGAAUACUAAUAAAGAAUCCAAACCCUGA